CGGUCGUCGGGUAAGGCAGCUCACGGUAAGGAAUCGGAAUCACCCGCAAAAACGUCACCAUCUCCAAUCCAUUUCCCCCUCUGCACUCACAACCACAGCUUCCGACCGUCCAAUUCGCUCGAGCCAAAAUCCAAACAAAACAAUGUCCGAGACAGCUCCUCCUACGCGCUCGCCCGCCUUCGCGCGCCCAGUCAGCGAGGCACUUUUGAACGAGAAGUGGGACCACUGCCUCUCGAACCUCCUGAUCAAGUCAACACUCGGCCUCGGCUUCGGCGUCGUCUUCUCGGUCCUUGUCUUUAAGCGCAGGGCCUGGCCUGCCUUUGUCGGUGCCGGUUUCGGUGCCGGCCGGGCGUAUGAGGAGUGUAACUACAACCUCAAGCAGACAGCUAGGGAAAUCCGCAGGCAGGCAUGAACUGGGUGAUUAACGACGGGGACGACGGGUCGAUGAUAGAAUCGACUGGAGAAAAACAGCGUCUUGUUCUCUUCGAAGCUCACGAUUGAUAAUGGAACAAAAAACGUGGAUGGGCGCAAUGUGCCACCCGGCUGUCCUGAAGACAGCAAGCGUUCUGCCUUUGGGAACAAAUGAAUGAGGACAAAGCAGCAAAGGGUCACGCAGGGGGCCUUGUCACAACAGUGUACACCGUCGAGAGUAUUGGCGAUUGGGAUAGAGCAAGCCAUAGAUCGGUCAUCAAUUCUCCUUUCUCUUUGAAUUACGACAUUAUAUCCAACCC